AAAAAAAGGCCUGUCAGGGAUUAAGUGUAAAACAUGACAUCUGUUAUUUAUGAGCAUGGCAAAAUGCAAAAAAAGUGUAGCAACUAUUUUUAUAAACCUAGCAUAGUCAGAAAGAAAUAUAUAUUAUUUAUCCUCAUUUACACCAAUUGUUGAAUGUAAACAUUUUGUAUUACUUUGACCAAUAAAUAUGUUUUGGUUCUUUUUUCAUCUCAUUAGAAUGAUAAAGACUUUGGAAUCUCAUUGUUUUGUAUAUGUACAUGUGAGGCUGCUCUGACUUGAAAAAAUCAAGAUGAAGACUAACCAUUUGUUGCUGAACAACCUCUUUACAGAUCGACAGAUCAUAUUGUCUCAUUUGUUCUGAAAUAACCAGAAACCUCUAGGCUCAUUUGAGCAUAUGGCAUCAGGGUUACUGUAGGUUAUCAAGAGGUGGCACGAUCAUGUCUUAUCCCACUGACAUAUACUCACAAACACUCAAACUGAGAUAGAGCAUCUCAUCAACUCAUGAGGUGUUUAACCUUUGAAAAAACUGAUAAGGCAUAAGUCUUGGAUAAAAGUGGGUGCAGUCAGAUAUCUGAGCAGAUAAGCGGUUCGACCCUGUCUCUGAAGACAUUGACGGUUUGUUGCUCCAUGCUAGUCAUCGUGCUCUCUCUGUCGAACUCCUGAUCAGACAGUCAGGAUGAGAAGAGUCAAGGGUGACUGUGGAGGGACUGAACUUUGAGUGACAUUCCACCAGGGUUCCAGCCGUCUAUCCUAAAAGUUGAGCUUCAUCCCAGAGGUAACCAUGACUGCAGAGCCACAUAAUGGACCAAAGCAUCGGAGCAUUAAAACCCAUCAGUCAGACAGCACCUCCAGCCAUGCCAGGGGUCACGAAACCAUGGAGGAUGACGAUCUAAGGCAGUGGCAAAAGUAUAAACAGAACGUAAAGUUAAAAGUUCUGGAGGAGGUCCAGGAUCACCUCAGUGAAAUCCUUGACAGAACCCUGAGUGAGUCCGUCCAAUCCUCAUUCCAUGUCAAGUCAACAGCUAAUGGAAAGACCGCAAAAAAACUGUCAUCCAGAUCUCAGAGAAUGGAUGAUGGCAAAGUAUUCAUAGAACGGGCUUCACUGCUGGACGAACUGUUUGAGAUCAGCCACAUCAGGACCAUUUACCACAUGCUAGUGUUGGAGUUUGACUUGCUGUUUUUCGCCUUUGGAAAACUGGGGACAGUUACCUGGUCCUGGGGUGUUAUGUUCCUUUACACCCUGUGUGUGCCCUACUACACCCUGCUGUUUUGGAGUUCGUAUUACCACAACUUCCCCUCCAAGGUUGGGCUGUCUCUGGUUAUAGGGCUGAUCCUAUCUGCCAUACAGACCUCUGUCCUGGGACUGUUCCCCAUCUACAUGGUUGUGCAUCACCAGCUGCCACCGGCCUCACGAUUCAUUGUGAUUCUUGAGCAGAUUCGAUUCCUGAUGAAAACCUACUCAUUCAUACGAGAAACAGGUCCUGCUAUAAUCAAAAAUACUCCAAAGAAAGGAGAGAGUCCCAAAUUUCCAACAUUUUCCAGCUAUCUGUUCUUCCUCUUCUGUCCAACUCUCAUCUACAGGGAAUCGUACCCUCGAAAUAGCCACAUACGAUGGAACUAUGUUGGUGUUACUGUUGGCAAGAUUUUGGGAUGCCUGUUUUAUGGAUAUUUCAUCUUAGUGCGUCUCUGUAUACCAGUCUUCAGACCUGAGACCAAUCAGCCAUUUAGUAAACGAACAAUGGUACUGGCUGUCUUCCACUCCAUUUUACCAGGAAUAAUGCUCCUCCUGCUGUGCUUCUUUGCCUUCCUGCACUGCUGGCUGAACCUCUUUGGGGAGCUGCUACGUUUUGCUGAUAGGAUGUUCUACAAAGACUGGUGGAACUCUACAUCAUUUGCCAAUUAUUAUCGUACUUGGAAUGUAGUUGUUCAUGACUGGUUGUAUUACUACGGAUACAGAGACUUCCUUUGGCUGUCAAACAGGAGAUUCCGAACAGCUGCCAUGCUCUCCGUAUUCAUCGUGUCAGCCGUGGUCCACGAAUACGCAUUGGCCAUGGGAUUUGGGUUUUUCUAUCCUGUCAUGUUCCUUCUCUUUGCCGUUUUUGGAGUGGCUUUCAACUUUACCAUGAACGACAAGCGUCAGAGUCCUGCAUUCAACGUCAUCAUGUGGAUGUGUCUCUUUAUCGGUCAAGGUGUCCAGGUGUGCUUGUACUGCCAGGAGUGGUACGCACAGAUACACUGCCCACGGACCGGGGAUGGUGUCUUGGAGCUGUUGAUGCCUCGGUCCUGGUCCUGCAGCUACCAGAAAUGAAGUUCUCCUCCUCCUGGGCUGGGGGACUUAAUGGUGAAGUUUAUGA